AUGACGCAGAGUUCACGCCACAAAUCUCACAAACAGAGCAAACACAGUUCCAGAGACGCUCGAGAACACUCGGAAUCAAAAUUGGAUGUGAAGAUGAAGGAACAGAACGGCAAAGAGGAAGGUUCAGCGUCGGAAGAGAAGGCCGAUUUGGAUAGGUGGAAUAGUUGUAGGGAUGAGAUGAAAGUGGAAAGUUCAAGGAUCGAUGGGGAUAAGACUUCAAAGUCGAAAGCUUUGGUUGAUUCGAAAAGUAAAAGUAGUAAAAAGCACGAUGGUGGUGGUGGUGAGAAAAAAGAUGAGAGUGUGGGUUUAGUGGGAGAGAAAAAUGAGAGUAAGAGUAGCAACAAAGUUGAGUCAAAACAGAAGUCUGAAAAAGAUUUGGGGCGAAAAGAUAAUGAUUCAAAGGAAAAGGAACGUGUGUUAGAGAAGAAGAUUCAUGAAACAGAGGUAACUGUCGAUGGUGGAGAGCGACAAGGCAAACGUGGUAGAGAAAAUACGGGUAAGAGAUUAAGACCUGUGUUUGUUUUUAAAUGUAACAAGUCAAUGAGGAAGUCAACAAUAGUACCUUGUGAGUUUGUGUGA